AUGGUUCAAAUACAAUUGUCCGGGGCAGACAGGGCAGAAGGAGUCAAGAAACGAGCCCAUGGCCGGCGACAUUCUUCAUACGAAGUUGAGGGAAAAAGAGGUGAUAUUCCAGAAGAAUUCGUUGUUUACAAGUUUGAUCUAUUUCUCAGUCGUUUAGGGGAUCGAAUGAAGCGAAUUGAAGAGGUAGGACUUCCAACAAUAGAGGAACCAAAUACUACCUAUGAAAUAUUGGUAAGACUACGAAAUUCAUUUAUCGGAAGUACCAUUUUGGGGAAGAACCAGGUUAUGUAUUUUCUUCGGAUGAUUGAGGAAAAGUACCAGGACGUCCUGGCUGCAUGUGAUUCAUUUCCUUCGAAAGUGUUGAAAGCCUUAAUUGUUUUGGAAAAUUUAUUGUCUGAUUUGGAAGAUAUAGCUAGUGUUGAAAGUCGAACAACAGUUGGUGAAAUUUUUGAAGAUACCAAAGAAAAACUCCAAAGAGCCAUACGUGCAGGUGAGAAUCGGCUUCUUCAUAUAGAAGAAGUUCCUUUGGAAUGGAAAAAUAACCCUUUCAUUGUUCGAGGAUAUCGGUUCUAUUCCAGUAAACGCCGAUGUAUUCGCUCUAUACUUGCCUUCCAUAAUGAAACGUUAAAUAUUUGGACCCAUCUAGUUGCACUUCUUGGAUUCCUCACGGUCACAUCAUAUUUUUAUCCAUCGUCUACUUCUUGGAUUUCGUCUUCGGUAUCUAAUCGAAUUGUCCGUGUUUUCUUUCUAGUAUGCGCGAUGAAAUGCUUAGCGUGCUCAGUUACCUGGCACACAUUUUCCAGUUUGUCCAAGUAUGAGCAUAUGCGACGUGCGGCGUGCAUGGAUUAUGUGGGUAUUUCAGCACUCAUUGCUGCUUCCAUUAUUGCGGUUGAGUUCCAUGCUUUCAAAUGUCACAGCAUAUUUCGUGUACUUUACAUAGCCAUUACCGGGUCGCUUGGAUGUAUAGGAAUAUAUAUGCCUUGGAAAAAGUGGUUCAAUGACUACAAUCAUCGUUCCUUUAAAAUCUUUUUCUUUGUUGGUUUAGCCUGCAGUGGAUUCUUACCAUUACUUACGAUGUGUUAUAUCCAAGGCACAAUGAGAACGUUAAUUUAUUUGAAACCUGUUUUCAUGUCUAUUUUUAGCUAUAUUAUCGGAGUCACUUUUUAUGCUUUACACAUACCUGAAAAGUUAAGUCCUGGCAUAUUUGACAUCGUGGGAAACAGCCAUCAAUUGUGGCAUAUUGCUAUUAUAAUUGGUAUAGGCUUCCAUUAUUACGGUCUCAAGACAUUUGAAACGACCCACCGAGAGUUCGCCUGUGAGUGUAUAUAA